GAAAAGAAUGAGGUUCGUCUACCCCCCUACUCUCCAUGCAACGCCUCCUCGACUCGGAGAGCAGCUCUCAAACGCGGCGCGCUCUCCGCGUGUGCAGCGCACGGCACGUGAAAACACAGCGCGCUAGCCCGGCGCGGCGCCUCGCACACGGCGAGGACCGCCGCGCCCAUCAGAAGCGCAGGGGGCAGCCUCUCACAGCAGAGAGAGCGGCGAUAUAGAACAGCGCGUGAGACAGGAGACCAUGCCCGGCACGGUCUCCAUCAGCCGGGCCGACAUCAAGAGCCGGGAGAAGGAGUGGUUCGGAACUAGUAGAGACCAGUUCUCGGCGUCCCUGCAGCAGUCGCGAAGACGUGUGAGCUUAGAACGAGGCACGUUAGCGAACCCGACCGGAUUUGGGAACCCCCGACAAUCCAGUUAUGAUGAACCCAUCUACCGGAGCGACGAGCCCGGCGUAAGUCUCCACGAGGAGCAUCGCCGGACGUUCGGCCGCGGCGGAAUGGGCGCCGACGCCCCUUUGCAAUACAACCAGGACGACGCGGACUGGGCGGGUAGCAAGUACCAGCGGGGCUUCCACAGCGAGGGCCCCGGCCUUAGCGGUGGGGGCUUCCCGCCCAUCUCCGGUUCAGCGGAGCCGGCCGCGCGGUCGCUCUUCGCCGAUAACGCGUACAGCGGCGAGGGCGGCGACCGCUUCUCGUCGAAAUACGAGGCGCCGGCCACGUCCUACGGCGACUACGGCUCGUCGUCGAACUACGGCGCUGCUGGCGCGUCGUCCUACGGCGCCGGCGACUACGGCGCGAAGCCCGCCACCGACUACGGUGCGUCCAGCGGCUACGGCACGUCCAAUUACGGUGACUACGGCACGACGACGCCAGCCGCCGAAGAGAAGAAGUCCACGCACCUCUACGACCACGCGCACGUCGAGACGCGGCGACCGACGUCGCGGAAUCGCAAGACCGUCAUAAUAGCCGGUUCUGCGCCACUGGACAAGGAGGGCGAUGACAAGCGACUCACGAUCCACGCGAGCGACCUCAAGAGCCACGGCAACGUCGUCAAGAUGGUCCGUGACUCGGCGUGAUUUCCUUCGAUUUCUCAACUUGAAUUUUGGGAAGAUGGCGUCUCCACGAUAUCACGCCGCCGCGACGCCGUCGACGUGGCCGUGCGAGAGGCUGCGCGUCGGCAGUUUCGCGACGGCGUCGUGCCACGCAGGACGAAGACGACCUGGAGCACAUGAAGUCGAAGGGCGACAUCGAUUUUGUGGAAAGUUCCAUCGAAAAUGCAAGGGCCCAAGUGACGAACGUCGAAAAAGUUACAAGGACAUUGGAGUCGCUCCACAACGAGAUGCACGACUUCGAGGAUCGGAUUUUCUUUUUGGAGCACGAUCUCGGCGUCCCGUUGUGUAGAGACGCCUUCACGCCGUCGACGCGCGUCGUCUCCAUCAGAGAAGCCGCUGGGUGGCUUAUUUUUCGAAUUUGAGGCCGUUCGGACCGCUUCCAGUGAAUACGAUGCUCCGCGCAGGCACGUCCAGCUCUGCAAGAUGGUCCUGCAGAUCAUGAUGAACGCGCAGAGGAACAUGAAGGUCGCGGCCUGGCGGUCCUGGAACGGCUGGAGCGAGGCGGACGGCGGUCUCGCGAAGCUCAAGAUCUGUGCGCGGCUCGAGGCGGAAUAUGCCGAAUGCAAGGCCAAAGAGGUCGAAGCGGAAGCGUUGGUCGAGCAGAAACUGAAAGCAUUGUCGGACGUGGCCAUGCGAAGCUUGGAUACGCGGAAACGCAAUUUUCUAGUGUCUAUAUUCGCGAAAGGCGGUCCCGAGGCCAAGAACGCCUACUUCAUCAGAUGGAAAGCCAUCUAUCUCAUGUACGCCAAAUCUUAUAAAGUGUGGAAGGGCUUCUUCGGCAAAUUACAAAAUAUGAAAGUUAAUAUGGCGCUCCAGAAGUGGAAGGCGACGAUCUACGAAGCCAGUAUGCCGCCGGAAGCGAUCAUCAAAGCCCUCCAGGAGCGCGUCGCGCGUCAAAGGAUGCUGAAAGAAAAGUUCGAGACCGAGCUCGAGGCCAUCGUGCGAGCUCGGCGUCCCGUCGUGUUGUGGGUGGCUUCUUUGUCGAUUUUGAGUGAAUACGCAGGUGCAAGCCGAGACCGAAAGAGCCUUCGCGAACCUCGACGAGGACAAGCGGUCACUGCUCAUCAGAAUCCUGACGCGGAUGAUGAAGAUCAAGCAGCACCACGCCAUGCGCGUCUGGAAAGAUAAAAUAAAAAACGGCGCGAAAUACGAGCAGCGCCAAAAGCAAAUCAUCCACAAGAUGCUGAAAAGUUACCUCAACAUUGGGUGGCAGACGUGGCGGUCGUACGACGUCGCGGCUUGCACUGCUCUCUCUCUACGUGGUAAUGAACAAAAACAACGGCACAUCAAGUUGCUCUUUGGGCAAUUGGAGAAGUUGACGUUGUACUUGAAGAAGCAACAGGUUGAAGUCGAGGUCAUGCGCGAGUCGGUGCAACUCCAAGCGCAAGCCGCUCGUCGGGUGUUGGCGAAGCGGGAGUCGAUCAUUUCCGAGCUCGGUGACGGGAUUGCUAUUGCUACCGAAGAAGUGGUGCCGCCGCCCAUCUCGGAGUGCGAACUCAAGGAGCCCGUCCUCCGUUCCUAACUACGCCCCCCCCCCGUCACAAAGGACACCCUGUGUAACUGGCGUAGAAAGUACUCUUUUCGCGGCGAU